AUGGUUUCUAAAGGAUUCGUAAGAGCCGUAGCUCUUCUAUCGGCACUCGCCCCCGCGACUGCCUUUGCGCCUGCUUCUUUGAGCACCAGCAAUGGUGCUUUGGCCAUGUCUACCCAAGCCCAAGACGUCGAUAAGAAGGCUGCUUCUUCGGCUCCUCAACGUGAGAUCGAUUUGGAGUUCUACCGUAACAUCGGUAUCAUGGCUCACAUCGAUGCUGGAAAGACCACCACCACCGAACGUAUUCUUUUCUACACUGGAAAGUCAUACAAGAUCGGCGAGGUCCAUGAAGGUGGAGCCACAAUGGACUGGAUGGAACAGGAACAAGAGCGCGGAAUUACUAUCACCUCCGCCGCCACCACUUGUGCAUGGAAGGACCACAGAAUCAACAUCAUCGAUACCCCAGGUCACGUCGAUUUCACCCUUGAGGUCGAACGUUCCCUUCGUGUGUUGGAUGGUGCCGUCGCCGUUUUCGAUGGUGUCGCUGGAGUCGAGCCACAGACCGAAACAGUCUGGAGACAAGCCGACAAGUACAAGGUCCCAAGAAUGUGUUUCUUGAAUAAAAUGGACCGAACUGGCGCCAACUUCUAUUUCUGCGUUGACACUAUCAUUGAGCUGUUGGGAGCCACCCCAGCUAUUCUUCAACUCCCAAUCGGAGAGGAGGGCGACUUCCUUGGAGUAAUUGAUCUCGUUACCAUGGAGGCCAUCGUCUGGCGAGGAGAGGAUCUUGGUGCUAGUUUCGAUGUUAUCCCUCUUGCCGAGUGUAACGAUAUCCCUCUUGUCGACGAUGCAUUGAAGGCCAAAGCCGAGGAAUACCACGAAAAGCUCGUUGAACUUGCCGUCGAACAAGACGAGGAUGUUCUCAUGGAGUACUUGGAAGGAAACAUGCCAGAUGUUCCUACUUUGAAAAGGUUGAUCCGUGCCGGAACCCUCAACCUUGCCAUGGUUCCUGUUUUGACCGGAACUGCUUUCAAGAACAAGGGUGUCCAACCUCUUUUGGACGCCGUUAUCGACUACAUGCCUUCCCCUCUUGAUGUGCUUGCCAUUGCCGGUAUCACUGAGGAUGGUGAGGUAACCGAGCGCAAGUCUUCUGAUGUCGAGCCCAUGUCUGCUCUUGCCUUCAAGGUUGCCAACGAUCCUUUCGUCGGUACCUUGACUUUCACUCGUGUCUACUCUGGUGUUAUGGAGGCUGGAACCAGUGUCUACAACUCAGUCAAGGGAAAGAACGAGAGAAUCGGUCGUAUGCUUCAAAUGCACGCCAACGACCGUACCGAGAUUAAGUCUGCAGUCGCCGGAGAUAUCGUUGCCCUUGUCGGACUUAAGGACACCACCACUGGUGAGACUUUGUGUGACAAGAAUAACGCCGUUAUCCUUGAGAAAAUGGAGUUCCCAGAACCCGUCAUCAAGGUUGCCGUAGAGCCGAAGACCAAGGGAGAUCAACAAAAGAUGUCUGAGGCCCUUAUCCGCCUUGCCGCAGAGGAUCCUUCUUUCCGGUUCUCUCGUGACGAGGAAACUGGGCAAACCAUCAUCGAAGGUAUGGGAGAGCUCCAUCUUGAGAUUAUUGUCGACCGCAUGAAACGCGAGUUCAAUGUUGAAUGUACCGUCGGUGCCCCACAAGUCUCUUACCGCGAAGCCAUUACCCAAAAAGCCGAGAUUGAUUACACACACAAGAAACAAUCUGGAGGAUCGGGUCAAUACGCUCGUAUCAAGAUCAUCUUCGAACCCAAGGAAUUCAGCGAGGAAGAAGGAUCAAUGGACUUCGAAUUCGCCUCUGAUAUUAAGGGUGGAUCUGUUCCCAAGGAAUACAUCCCUGGUGUCCAAAAGGGUAUCGAAUCUGUCUUGGGACAAGGUGUCAUCGCCGGUUUCCCUGUCCUUGGUAUGAAAGCCACCCUUGUUGAUGGUGCUUACCACGAUGUCGAUUCCAGUGUUAUGGCUUUCGAAAUUGCUGGACGCGCCGCCACCAGAGAAGGAUUGAGAAAGGCCAAGGCCCGUCUUAUGGAACCUCUGAUGCAAGUAGAUGUCACUACUCCUGAAGAAUACAUGGGAGACAUCUUGGGUGACAUCAACUCACGACGUGGACUUGUUGGAGACUUGGGAGAACGUGGAAAUGUCAAGACCAUCAGUGCCCUUGUUCCACUUGCCAAUAUGUUCCAAUACGUUUCUACUUUGCGAUCGAUGAGUAAGGGACGUGCCAAUUAUUCCAUGAAGCUCGCCAACUACGAUUUCGUCCCACCAAAUGUUGAAGAAGAACUCAAGAAGGGUUUCACUCUUGCUGAAGAGGAUUAA